AAGGGGGCGCUGCUUUCCCUUGUUUUUAGUCUCACUGUGUACACAUGUGGAGACACACCCUCCUACGCAAGGAUGAGGAAGAGGAGGGAAAAGAACAAAGACGGGAGAUUCCACUCUGCUUGUCGAAAGGGGAGCUUAUAAGUAUUCUUUGGAAAUUAUUCGCAUUUGGAAUUCUGUAUUUUAGGAACUGGCUCUGAGCGUCCCUCGUACUUGUGACAAAUGUCCGGCUCAGUUAAGGAGAUUUGAUAAGGAGAAUGCAGGCGUUUUGCAGGAAAAGGGAGAGGAUGCGGCAUUGUUGGAGAAUGAGCCCAACAAAAUGUUCCCAAUCCCUAGCAACGGGGUCACCAUGCCGAUGCCUAAUGUCUCCGUGGCAACCGGGCGUCCUCUGAGAAGCCUGGAGCUUUUACGAGCCAACUUCCGCCCUCUGAGGUGGUUUGCUAAACAAGCUUAGUGAUCUCUUCUGUGAGAGAUGUUUGGUGGGUGGAGUGCUCUCAUCUUCCCGCUGUUGAUGGCGGCCAUCGCCAGCAGUUGCUUGUGCCCCCCAGCUAAUAUUUUGACUGACUUCCCCUCUGAGGUGCCUGUCGGGGUCUGCUGCCUCAACUACUCUGGUUCCACGCUGGGCGUGGUGCCCUGGUCUCGUCUGACCAAUCAAUCCAGCCUCCGUAUUCUGGAUCUCUCCAGGUGCAACAUCACUUCACUGGAGUUUUCAAGCGUGGGGGCUUCCUUACUGGAGAAGGUCUACUUAGCACACAAUGGAAUUGCAGCAUUACCCCGCUAUUUCCUGGCAGGACAGCCACGUCUGAAGGUGGUGGAUCUCAGCUGGAACAUGCUAGAGGAGCUCCCAGUGGGAUUCCUGCAGGACUCCGAUAGCCUGCUACAUCUGGAUCUCCGGGGGAACCAGCUGCGCUCCCUGCCAGUGUCGGUUUUACAGAGGCCCGUCCUCAGUAACCUGGAGCUAGACGGGAACCCCUGGGAGUGUUCCUGUUCCUUCCUGCAGAUCUUGGAAGUGGAGGAGCUGGCGAGAAACCUGACAUGCGCUGUACCCUGGACCCUGGCAGGUCGCAUGGCACGUUCGGCCAAACUGAGCGACGCAUGCCGGCCGGCCAGCCUUACUGCGCUCUUUGUGGCACUACCAAUCCUCAUCCUUGCCACCCUGCUGCUGUGCUGGUGCUGUGGUAGGAAGAGGAAGGAAGCCCCGGUAUUCAGGGCAUCCAAGAAACGGACCUCCAAUUCCAAAGGCACCAAGUCCAGGGGGAACAGUGACCCGAUGCAGAAGACAGCAGACCACCUUGGGGAGGGGAUCCUGAUCCCGGCUUCCAAGAUGCUCGCAAGCACCAAUGAAGAUGAGGAGGUCCCGCUCGGGUCCAUGGAGUCACUUCAUUCAAGGUCUGAGGGGAGGAGGCUCAGCAGAUCCGAGCCGGAUGCGAUUAGCGUGACAGAGGUUCUGAAAGACUCAACCGACCGCGAAAAAGCUUACAUGACUCAGUCCACAGAAUACUACAGCCUGGUGCCGGGAAUCCAACUGGAUGACUCGGACCAUGAUGGUUAACAUUGAGGAUGCUUUAGGAAAUUCAAAAGAGUGGAAACGAAAAGGAUGCCAAACCAGCUUUUUCUGUUUGGUUCGGUGUUCAAAUCUUGGCUAGAGCCUUCCUUCUGAUGUAUCUGGCUUGUCUCUGGUGUGAAUGUGGUCGCAUUCCCAAAACAUGCAGAUUAGGUUCAUUGAAAACAAUGAUACAAUACUUAGACAGUACAGACCCUUUUCAAAAAACAUUAGGAUAUCAUCAAAAAGAUUAUAGAUUCAGGGCCCACAAUUGAAACAAUUUCAAGUAUAUAUAUAUAUAUAUAUAUAUAUUUUUUUUUUUUUACACAAUUUGGGCUUCGGGCUCAUAAAACCCACAAAAUCAGGAACUCAAGUUAGAUAGAACACUGUGAAAAAAAUCAGCCCAAAUUUUUAAAUUCGUAAAUUUUAUAAACGGAGUGCCACACACACAUCAUUUGCUAAAAUCAAAGUACCAGCACCGGUUUCCCAAAGUGUCAUUAAAUUCCUCCAGUUUGGUUUAACUCUCUCAUUUGGGUUCAGUAUGGGGAAGACCCUCAUUGAUACCCUCCAGGAGAUGCGCAAGUGACAAAAGUUUAUUGCUAAGGAGGCUGGCUGUUCGGAGUGCUGUGUCCAACCAUAUUAAUUGAAAGUCUAGUGGAAGGACACAUUGUGGCCGAAGAAGAUGCACCAGAAAAAGAGAUGACUGUGGGCUUCAUCUUAUCAAACAGAGAAGUUUCAAGAAUCUAGCAGAGAUCCCAAAAGAGUGGAAUGAAGCUGAAGCCACAGCUUCAAAAACCAUCACAUACAGACAUAGAUGGGAAAUUGGCUACAACUGUCAGAUUCCUUGGAUGAAGCCACUUCUGAGACGAAACCAACGUAGGAACCGUUUUGGCUGGGCCAAGGGGUAGGACUGGACUGUUGGCCAGUGGUCCAAGGUCCUCUUUUCUGAUGAAAGUAAAGUGUGCCUUUUAUUCAGGAAACAAGGUUCCAGAGUUUGAAGGAAGACGGCUGUGGAAGAGAACAUCAAGUCCUUGAGGUCCUGUGUGAAAUAUCAUUCAUGAUUUGGGGUGCAAUUUCCAAUGCAGGUGUUUGGUAAAUUCGUCUUUCUUAAAUCCAAGAUCAUCGCAGUUGUGUACCAGAAUGUUUUAUCGGACUUCAUGAUUCCUUGUACUGAUGAUCUGUGUGGAGAUGCAAAUUUCAUUUUCUAGCAGGACCUGACCCUUGCCGAUACCGCCAGAAGCACCAAAACGUGGUUUGAUGCCUGUGCCAUCACAGUGCUUGACAGGGCAGUCACCUUGCUUGAGCUAAAGCCGAUUGGGAAUCUUUGGUGUAUUAUCAAGAAAACGAUGGGCACCAGACCCAAAACCAAAUAAGAGCCUUCAGCAAGCAUCAAGGAAAUCUGGCCUCCCAUAACUCCCAGGAAAUUUCAGGCUGAUUGCCUCAAUAUGCAUUGAAGAUUAACAUAUCAUUGUGAAAGUCCCAUGUUUUCAUUGUUUUAAUGUGACCCCAAUUUCUUUCAUUUUUCCUACAAAAACUGAGUUGUAAAGGGUGGAUACUCACAGCAUUCCAUUUUUUUAAAUUCCUUAUUUUGUGGGUUUUAUGAGGUGGAGGCCUUAAUUCUGUAAAAAUAAACAAAUACUUGAAAUUGUGGUCCCUGAAUUUCUCUAUAAUAUUCACUUUUUUUUUUUUGAAAGGGUCAGUAUCUAUCAGUUUAAAACAUCUUCUUUCCUCUUCAUCCGGCAUUGCGUGUUGUGUGCAUAUGUUUUGUCGAACAAUUGUGACAAUUUUCAACUUCUAAUGUCAUAUAGGUUGGAUGACUGACUUGAGCAUCCUGACUGCAGCCGUUUCAGAUACAUAUCCACAUUGUACCCAUAUACACUACAAAACAGGCAUCGGUGAGGGAUGGGAAAAAAAACGCAAUUGUACUUACUGUUCAAUUUGACAUAAAAAAAAAAAAGCUGAUACAUGUCAUAUUGAGCACAAAAUUGAUCUGCAGUGUGACUUUAGCCCAAUUCAUUCAGAGAACUAUAUGAUAAUGUGAAUGUGAGUUUGAAUGUGUGUUUGUCUAAACAAUAUGUGUCCCUCAAAUGGUUGCCAACCAGUCUCGAAUGUGUCCCAUCUCAGGUGGGACAGGCACUUUCUCACCCAUAAAUGGAUAAUAUUGUUUAUAAUU